GGCGGGGCCGGCUGUUGGCGGCGAUUGGCGCGGCCGGGAGGCGACUGCACGUGCGGGCGGGGGCGAUGCGUCACUGAUCGGAGGAACAAGGAUGAAUAUGACUCAAGCCCGGGUUCUGGUGGCUGCAGUGGUGGGUCUGGUGGUUGUCCUCCUCUACGCUUCCAUCCACAAGAUCGAGGAAGGACACCUGGCUGUGUACUACAGGGGCGGAGCUUUACUAACUAGCCCCAGUGGACCAGGCUAUCAUAUCAUGUUGCCUUUCAUUACUACGUUCAGAUCUGUGCAGACAACACUGCAAACCGAUGAAGUUAAAAAUGUGCCGUGUGGAACAAGUGGUGGGGUCAUGAUCUAUAUUGACCGAAUAGAAGUGGUUAAUAUGUUGGCCCCUUGUGCAGUGUUUGAUAUCGUGAGGAACUACACAGCAGAUUAUGACAAGACCUUAAUCUUCAAUAAAAUCCACCAUGAACUGAACCAGUUUUGCAGUGCCCACACACUUCAAGAAGUUUACAUUGAAUUGUUUGAUCAAAUAGAUGAAAACCUGAAGCAAGCUCUGCAGAAGGAUUUAAACAUCAUGGCCCCAGGCCUCACCAUACAGGCUGUGCGUGUUACAAAACCCAAAAUCCCAGAAGCCAUAAGAAGAAAUUUUGAGUUAAUGGAGGCUGAGAAGACAAAACUUCUUAUAGCUGCACAGAAACAAAAGGUUGUGGAGAAAGAAGCUGAGACAGAGAGGAAAAAGGCUGUUAUAGAAGCAGAGAAGAUUGCACAAGUGGCAAAAAUUCGGUUUCAGCAGAAGGUGAUGGAGAAAGAAACUGAAAAGCGCAUAUCUGAAAUUGAAGAUGCUGCAUUCCUGGCCCGAGAGAAGGCAAAAGCAGAUGCUGAAUAUUAUGCUGCACACAAAUAUGCCACCUCAAACAAGCACAAAUUGACCCCGGAAUAUCUGGAGCUCAAAAGGUACCAGGCCAUUGCUUCCAACAGUAAGAUCUACUUUGGCAGCAACAUCCCUAGCAUGUUCGUGGACUCCUCUUGUGCUUUGAAAUAUUCAGAUGUUAGGACUGGAAGAAAAAGCUCUCUCCCCUCUAAGGAGGCUCUUGAAUCCUCUGGAGAGAGCACCAUCCAGAACAAGGAGAGCACAGGUUGAUGCAAGAGGUGGAAACGUUCUCCCAUAUCAAGACGUGGCCCAAGGGGUUAAGUGGGAACAAUGGUUAUACGACUCUUCAGAUUUACAGAGAACUCGUGCUCCGUCUGUUCUGCCUCUCCUGUGAUAGUCCUGGUUUAUCAGCUGUUUGCAGGAUAGAGCCAGCUGUCUGGCUCUCAAAUGGUCUUUUCAGCCGCAGUUUGAUCAAGUAUCCUGUGUUCCUUCCGAAACUGGUCCUCAUGAAUGAGGGAAAGUCUGAUGCUAAGAUACUGCCUGCACUGGAAUGUUAAACACUAAAUACAUAACAAGCUGUGUUUUUCUAAGCUGAGAUCUAUUGAAUAAUGUUUACACUGGUCCCCGGGGAAAUGUGUGCUCAACCAUUCAAGAGAUGGGAGGCCAGAGAGAAGACAUCCAGGAUGUGGUAAGUAUAAAGAAGACUGAUUACACCUGGGACCCAGGCUCUCUCUUGGGGUCCAAUGCCAGCGUUCAUCUGUGUGAUUAGCAUCCAGUCCACUGAAGUUCCCCAGGAAAUGAUCUGCCACUUGAGCAACCCUUUACUUGAUAUGAUUGCACCUUUUUGUUUUUCCUACAGUGGAGUUGGUGGCCUACUGGGACAUGCACCUUGCCACCCAACCAGAGAUUCCUAAUCACUAGUUUUUUGCAUUAGAAGGCUCAGAGAUAGAGCUUGGUUUGAAGUUUUGGAUGAGAUGAAACCUCUGCUUUGAACCAAAGCUCUAGGGCCCUGCAUGCCCUUCCAUUGGGUGAUGACUGUCUGUGUCACUGCCCCAGGCCGUGUGCGACUAAGAUGCCUGGUUUUUAGCCACAGACAGCUCAUGUCACCUCUGAGCUCUGGCUGGCCAAGAGCAGGACAGGGCUUUAACCAGAAAUAGGAGCAGCAUACAAUUCCUUGCUGUUUACUGCACAGUAUUGUAUCAUAACUGCAGGAAGUUUUUAUUUUUAAAACUGGAUUUGGGGUACAUUCAUUUGCCCCAGUACCUCUGCCUGAGGGCCAAAUGCUAGGGCUGCCUUGGUUACUAGCACACUGAUUCUCCUUGAUAUUGUUCACCAGGAGCCUACAUUCUUAAGAGUAACUUAGAAAGCAUCCUAUGUCAUCUUUGUCUCCUUCUCUCCUGGCCCUGAGAUGCUGAAAUCAAAGUUGUUCUCCAACUUUUAUCUUCCCUGGGAGAUAGGAUUCCACUGAGUUCCUGAGCAGCCAGUGGAUUUAAUCUUCCCUGAGAGGAUGACAGAGUUAGCCUAUGGCUAUGGGAGACCUAUUUCCUCUGGACUUUUUUUCCCUUGAGAUUAACUCUGCUGAAACAGUGUGCCCCAUAGUUAAGCCUGAGUUUGUGCAGCUUGUUAAGACCCCUUUUCAACACACUAUGUUCAAGCCAGACAGAGGAGUCAUGGGACCACUUCCAGAAACCUUUCAGCCGACUGUCAGUCCGGUCAGUCUCAUGACAGCUUGUAGAUUGUGCCAAAUACUUUAUAUGGGAAAGAAAUCCCAGAUUUGGGUGGGUCUUUUCCUUGGGCCUUAUACUGUAGAGGCAUUUGUAAUAUCAAGAGAAUCAUUUUUUCAUUUUUACUCAUUUAAUGAUUUACAUUCUCUUUAUGAAUGAAUUUUGUGUUCUCCAGCCCUCCUGAGAAGAACUUCUGAACUAUAAAAAUCAACUCUUCACCUGUCAUAUUGUUGCUGCAGAUAAAUAAUGAUUAUUAUGGGAACCUGGAUCAUUGACCUUUGUGCUUUCAUUCCUAGAGAUGUUUCCUAUUCCCAUGAGCUAAAAGCUGUUGCCCCAAAGUGAUGGAUGUGAGUUUUCUUAGAAGCCACAGGCCCUGGUGGCAGAGUUGAGAAGCAAGGAAAUAGUGUUGUGACGUUUUAAAGAAAGUACUUCCAGUUAAACUCCCCACGGAGUGUGCUUCCCUGUGCUCUCUCGAGCUCUAAGUCUGUCCCUCCUUCAGGGAUGUUCCUUUUGGCAAAUAUACACUGUAAUCUCGAGGUCUAAAUUUAUAUGUGAAAUGCUACCUUUUUUUAAAAAAGAAGCUAAAUAAAAUUAUUUUACUAUCA